CGUAGUUAGCACAAGGUACUUGAAGGAUAGUUCUUCAGAGGAAUGAUCUCACUGGUAGAUUGGGUAAACAUUAAAUGAUGGACAGUAAUCCAAACUGUUGAUUUCUCGGGAAAUGAUGAACUGAUGAUGUCAAGAUGAUACGAAGGUUUUAAGCAAACUGACAACCAAGCCGCAGGAGUAGUGACAUGGCCGCUGAUGACAAGUCCUCCUCCUCGUCCUCCACCCUGGACUGGGUUCCGGAGCCGCCACCAUCCCCGGUGCCAACCAGCCCGUCCCACUUGACGCACUUCAAGCCGCUGAGCCCCGAGCAGGAGGAACCUCCCCUGCGCUCGGCCUACAGCUCCUUUGUCAGCCUGUUCCGCUUCAGCAAGGAUGUGCGGCCCCCAGCUGUGGCAGAGAAGUCCGAAUCAGCGUCACCUUCUCCGCAGGGAGAACGGCGGAAGUGGAGUAGUCCUACACACUCCCUCCACAGCACCGGCUCCCUCAGGAAGCCGCACCCUGAGCUCACACGACGCACCUCCAGCACCUCAGUGGAUUGGGAAGAUGGGAGGCGUAAGUCCGAGACCCCUCUAGGUACCCAUGACCCGCGCACAGCCGUACAGUUACGCACAGCCCUCAAGAGACUGAAGGAGAUCAUGGAGGGGAAAAGCCAGGACAGUGACUUGAAGCAGUACUGGAUGCCGGACAGCCAGUGUAAGGAGUGCUACGACUGCAACGAGAAGUUCACCACCUUCCGUCGUCGCCACCACUGCCGUCUGUGCGGACAGAUCUUCUGUAGCCGCUGCUGCAACCAGGAAAUCCCUGGCAAGUUCAUGGGAUACACGGGUGACCUUCGCGCCUGUACAUACUGCCGUAAGAUCGCUCUGAGCUACGCACACUCGACCGACUCGGGCACCAUUGGUGAGGACCUGAGCGCCCUGUCGGACUCGCCGGUGUCCGUGUGCGUGCUGGAGCCCAGCGAGCCGCGCACGCCUGUCGGGGGCCGCAAGGCCAGCCGCAACAUCUUCCUGGAGGAGGACACCACCUGGCAGAGAAAAACUCCCAUUGGGAUGAGAAAGAAUUUGAUCCAUCAGGAAACCCAGGCUAGUGGACUGAACUCCAGGCUGACCGGAGUCCAAGAAGACGUGGGGAAGUCUCCCGCAAGGAAGAGGUCAGCCAGCGUGACCAACCUGUCUCUGGAUCGCUCGGGCUCCUCCAUGGUGCCCUCGUACGACAGCUCGGUCAGCCCCCAGACCAGUCGUGCCAUGCCUAAGCCUGACCACAGCGAGGAGGAGAGAAAGAUACUACUGAGUAGGGCAGGCGCUAAUAAAAAGUGGUUUGACCAGAAAUUGGAGUGGAAGAAAAGAAUGAUGAGGGACUCGUCCCAACUCAAAGACCUCUGGAAGAAGAUCUGCCACAACAGUACGGGCAUGGAGUUUCAGGACCACCGUUACUGGCUGCGGACCUACCCCAACUGCAUUGUGGGAAAGGAACUGGUCAACUGGCUCCUGCGGAAUGGAACCGUUUCGACCAGAGCCCAAGCCAUUGCUAUUGGACAGGCUUUAGUGGACGGGCGCUGGCUUGACUGUCUUACCCACCACGAUCAGGUCUUCCGUGAUGAGUAUGCCCUUUACCGCCCCCUGCAGAACACAGAGUUCUCAGAGACGCCGUCUCCAGACAGUGACAGCGUGAACUCUCUGGAGGGCCACUCCGAGCCCUCCUGGUUUAAGGACAUCAAGUUCGACGACAGCGACACUGAGCAGCUGGUUGAUGAGAACGACUAUACAAUGCCCAGUUCCUCUAGCCCCAGUAAGAGAACGUCAGUGAGCAGUUUUCAGUCUGCGGUGGACAGUGACUCGGCAGCCUCCAUCAACCUCAACAUGGAGCAGGACAACGUCAACUUUCACAUCAAGAAGCAGUCCAAGUACCCCCACGUGCCUCAGCCUGCCGAGAAAACUGAGGUCCUAGUGUCUGAGGAUGGUCAGAACAUUUCCAUCAGUGAUGCCUUCAUCAAAGAAUCCCUGUUUAAUCGUCGUGUGGAGGAGAAGGCCAAGGAGAUGCUCUUCACUCCACUGGGAUGGCACCACAGCUCCCUGGACCAGCUCAGAGAGGAGAAUGGGGAGAAGAAGGCCAUGGAGAGGCUGCUCUCUGCCAACCACAGCCACAUGAUGGCGCUGCUCCAGCAGCUGUUGUACAGCGAGUCCCUGUCGCUAUCCUGGAGAGACAUCAUCGUGCCCGUGGUUCGGCAGGUGGUGCAGACGGUGCGGCCAGACGUGCGCAGCUGUGACGACGACAUGGACAUCCGUCAGCUGGUCCACAUUAAGAAGGUUUCAGGAGGGAAGAAGUUUGAUUCAACUGUGGUAAAUGGUUUUGUGUGUACGAAGAAUAUUGCGCACAAAAAGAUGAACUCCUAUAUCAAAAACCCCAAGAUCUUGCUGCUGAAAUGUUCAAUUGAAUAUCUGUACAGAGAAGAAACCAAAUUUACUAGCAUUGAUCCAAUAGUCUUACAGGAGCGUGAGUUCCUCAAGAACUAUGUCCAGCGCAUUGUGGACGUGCGGCCGAACCUGGUGCUGGUGGAAAAGACUGUGUCUCGCAUCGCCCAGGAUAUGCUGCUGGAGCACGGGAUCACUCUGGUCAUCAACGUGAAACCUCAAGUGCUGGACCGAGUGAGCCGCAUGACGCAAGGGGACCUGGUCAUGUCCAUGGACCAGCUGCUGACCAAGCCUCGGCUGGGCACUUGCCUAAAGUUUUACAUGCACUCCUUCCAGCUGGCCAACAGUACGUCUGCUCCCCUCGCGGAUGAUCAGAAGACCCUGAUGUUUUUCGAAGGCUGCCCCCCUCAACUGGGCUGCACUAUUAAACUCCGAGGCGCCUCUGAGUACGAGCUGGCACGUGUGAAGGACAUCAUUCGCCUGAUGAUCUGUGUGGCCUACCACUCGCAGCUGGAGAUCUCCUUCCUCAUGGACGAGUUCGCCAUGCCUCCCAGCCUCACCAAGAGCACCUCCUUCCCCUGUCUGCUGGAGAGCACCACAGGAGAGGAGGAGGAGGAGGAGGAGGAAGAGGAGGAGGAGGAGGGUCAGAAAGGGAUGGUCCAAGGAAACGGAUCUGUGGCUGACCAGAGUGACGUCUCCCAGGGCACAGACAGUGACGUGGUGCUUGAUGAGUCCAGGAGCUCCCACUCCAGGGUACAGUCCGUGUCCGAGUCGUCGAGCAAGGACCAGGAGAGCCCCAGGGCCGAUGUGAACGCCACCGUUGGCUCGGUAGCCGACUGCGAAGGCACCGACUCGGGCUGUAAGACGUCCACUCCGCUGUCCUUCACCUCCUCCAACCCUGCCUCCGUGCCGCCGCCCUACCUGAUCUCCGACCUUGAGGAGCUGGCCGACGAGGAGGGGCUGCCGCAAGUGGCCCAAAAUGACGCUGGUGGGACGAAGGAAGGCACCCUGGUUCACGCCGAUGAUAACGAUAAUGGCACCAGCACUGGCACAGGCGCCUCGGGCUUGGACACGCCACCGACGCGCCUUUUCCGUGACCCCCUGCAGGACGACACGGGGCUGUUUGUCACCGAGCACGUGGCCUCGUCCGACGACCGGCUCAAGUCGAUAUCGGCGUGCUUCCGGCAGGAGCUGAAGGACAUCAUCCUGUGCAUCUCGCCAUUUGUCACCUUCCGCGAGCCCUUUCUGCUCACGGCCCCCGGUCUGCGUUGUCCGAGCCGCGACUACUUCCCCGAGCAUGUUUACCUCUCGCCGCUCCUCAACAAGGACUUCAAGGAGCUGGACGGGCGCCGCAAGAGGCAGCUGCUGAAGGACUCCGGCGUGGCGGCGUCGGCAGGAUCCGGAACGCCGGGGGCGUCACUGACCAACGGCGUCGGGGGUGGGGGGCCGCGGCCCAUCCAGGUGCUGCCCUCACACCCGCUGACCAGCGCGCGCAUUGCCGAGCAGGUGAGCUGCAGCCAGGAGCUAGCGCGCAUGCUGGCCGACUACCGGGCGCAGGGCGGACGCAUCCGCCAGCGGGACGACCCCUUCUCCAACCCCCAGCAGCAGGCCAGGGAGAACCAGAGCGCCAGGGUGCCGGUCAAGGCCGACAGCGAGGAGGAGAAGUCGUCAGGGCAGACAGACAUCACCUGGGCCACCAAGCUGGACUGCCUGAACCCCAUCAAUCAUCAGCGUUUGUGCGUGCUCUUCAGUAGCUCAUCAGCGCAGUCGAACAAUGCACCCAACCCCUGCGUCAGCCCCUGGAUUGUGACAAUGGAAUUCUAUGGAAAGAAUGACUUGACUCUUGGUAUCUUUUUGGAGAGAUACUGUUUUAGGCCUUCUUACCAGUGCCCUAGUAUGUUCUGUGAAACUCCCAUGGUACACCAUAUUCGGCGUUUUGUGCAUGGCAACGGGUGUGUCCAGAUCGUCCUCAAGGAGCUGGAUUCACCUGUGCCAGGCUACCAGCACACCAUCCUCAAUUACUCCUGGUGCCGCAUCUGCAAACAGGUGACCCCAGUAGUACCCCUGUCCAAUGACUCCUGGUCCAUGUCUUUUGCAAAAUACCUGGAGCUGCGUUUCUACGGACACCAGUACACGCGCCGUGCCAACGCUGAGCCCUGUGGCCACUCCAUCCAUAAGGACUACCACCAGUACUUCUCCUACAACCAGAUGGUGGCCUCCUUCAGCUACAUACCAGUGCGCCUUCUGGAGAUUUGCCUCCCUCCUCAAAAGAUCAUCAUCAGGAACCAGGGCCCCUCUAAAAAUUGCAUGCAACAGGACCUCAAGGACUUCUUACUGAAGGUAUCUCAAGUGUAUCUGGCCAUAGAUGACCGUCUCACCUCCCUGAAGACGGACACCUUCAGCAAGACCCGAGAGGAGAAGAUGGAAGAUCUGUUUGCACAGAAAGAUGCAAGUAUCCACUUCACACCCUGCAAACAGCACGCCGUCAAAUCAUGCAUGAUGGAGGAGGCAGAGCUGCGCGGUUGGAUUGAGAAGCUGCAGGCCCGUCUGCAGGCCACAGCGCUGGAGUCCCCUCACCAGCUGCAGGUCGUGCUCGAGUCCGUGGUGGUCAAGAAGCAGAGCCUCUGUGAGACCCUGCAGUCUUGGAACAGCAGACUGCAGGACCUGUUCCAGCAGGAGAAGGGGAGGAAACGUCUGUCUGUUCCACCCAGUCCAGGGAGACACAGGCAGACCGAGGACAGCAAGACGAGCGCACACGAGUCCUCACCCCGAAACCCCUCCCCUAUGGUCCAAAAUGGAGACAAGGAGGAUCGUCACCUGAGCACAUUGCCCUCGACCUCAGGCUCCAUCUCCCUGGCACUGCCGUCUCCUGGAGACACCGGCUCCGAGAUCGCCACCAUAGGACCCUCCUUUGCUGACCAGGACUCUGUCAGCAUCCCAGAAGAUGUGUUUGACGGACACCUGUUGGGUUCCAAUGACAGCCAAGUGAAGGAGAAGUCCACCAUGAAAACCAUUCUGGCCAACCUGCUACCUGGCAACAGCUACAACCCCAUCCCCUUUCCUUUUGACCCAGACAAGCACUACCUGAUGUACGAGCAUGAGCGCGUCCCCAUCGCUGUGUGUGAGCGUGAGCCCAGCUCCAUCAUCGCCUUCGCCCUCAGUUGUAAGGAGUACAAGACGGCCCUGGAGGAGCUGGCUAAAACCACAGCAAAGCCAGGCAGUGAGGAAGCCAUGCAGACCAGCAGUGUUGGAGAGAGUCGUGCCAAGAGUAGCCCUGCAAAGCCCAACGAGUCCAUCUCCUCUCAGAUUGGACGCAUCACUGUAGACUCAGACCCUUUGAAAGAGAUAGAUGGAGGAGACAAACAGAAGAAGCAAGCGGGCAACCCUCACAUUGAGCUUCAGUUCUCAGAUGCCAACGCCAAGUUCUACUGCCGGAUCUACUACGCGGAGGAGUUCCACAAGAUGCGGGACGAGAUCAUGGAGAGCACGGAGGAGGACUUUGUGCGCUCGCUGUCCCACUGCGUCAACUGGCAGGCCCGCGGCGGCAAGUCUGGAGCCGUCUUCUACGCCACAGAAGAUGACCGUUUCAUUCUGAAACAGAUGCCCCGGCUGGAGGUGCAGUCCUUCCUGGACUUUGCUCCUCACUACUUCACCUACAUCACGGGCGCUGUGCAGCAGAAGCGUCCCACUGCCCUGGCCAAGAUCCUGGGUGUGUACCGCAUCGGCUACAAGAACUCCCAGAACAACACAGAGAAGAAGCUGGACCUGCUGGUCAUGGAGAACCUGUUCUAUGGUCGCAAGAUGGCGCAGGUGUUCGACCUGAAGGGCUCGCUGCGGAAUCGCAACGUCAAGACGGAGCAGGGCAAGGAGAGCUGCGAGGUGCUGCUAGACGAGAACCUGCUCAAGCUGGUACACGACAACCCGCUGUACAUCCGCUCGCACUGCAAGGCCAUCCUGCGCGCCGCCAUUCACAGCGACGCCUACUUUCUGUCCAGCCACCUCAUCAUCGACUACUCGCUGCUGGUGGGUCGCGACGACACCACCGACCAGCUGGUGGUGGGCAUUAUCGAUUAUAUUCGCACUUUCACCUGGGACAAGAAACUGGAGAUGGUGGUCAAGUCCACAGGCAUCCUUGGUGGCCAAGGUAAAAUGCCCACAGUGGUGUCCCCCGAGCUGUACCGCGCCCGCUUCUGUGAGGCCAUGGACAAGUACUUCCUCAUGGUGCCUGACCACUGGACGGGGCUCGGGGUGAACUGCUGAGACGGAGACCAGGGCUGUGUGAGUGGGGGGUGGGGUGGGCUGCAGAGUGUAUAACAGUUACCAACAGCUCAUCCCCACCGACCCUGGAGACAGGAGUCCCCUCCCCUCCCGUCUAGUGCACUAGACCUCAUGCGACCGCGCUGGACAGACCACGCCCAGCCCCCAGAGUUCAGCUCACAAACUGCCAGUGCCUCAGCCACAGACACUCGAUGACGAACGGUGCCACAAAUGUAUGUGAGUUGGACGGUUUUAGAGGGUGUACGGACGCACACACACGCAUACGGAUGCGGAGACACCGACAUUCGUAUUUAUAGGAUCCUUGUGAGUUCCUCGUCUAGUUGUGUUGUACAUUUCAGUCACUUUGAUUGUGCCAACACUGAUGUUGUUUGGCUCUGUUUGCACUGAAGACAGCUGUUGACACGUUAGGCUGUAUGUAGUAUUGUGUUUUAAACUAAUGAUGAUAAUGAACGCUGUACGUUUUGUCAUACAUGUAAAGAGAUUAUGUAAUUAAAUAAUAUUAACAUAA